GAAAUGGGGAACAGCCUGAGUGCAGGGAAGGAGAGAGAGCUCCUGAUGGGCCACCUCAAGAUGUCCAACUUGAGCCUAUAUCUUCACAAAGCAUUAGGGUCACCUGGAAGGCUCCAAAAAAGCACUUGCAAAAUGGAAUUAUUCGUGGAUACCAGAUAGGCUAUCGGGAGUACAGUGCAGGGGGAAAUUUCCAGUUCAACAUCAUCAGCAUUGAUACCACUGGGGACAGUGAAGUUUAUACACUGAAUAACCUGAAAAAAUUCACCCAGUAUGGUAUGGUAGUCCAGGCUUGUAACCGAGCUGGAAUAGGACCUUCUUCUCAGGAAAUCAUCACCACUACUCUUGAGGAUGUGCCCAGUUGCCCUCCAGGAAAUGUGCAAGCCACUGCCACAUCACCAGAAACCAUCUCUAUUUCGUGGUCAACACUGGCAAAAGAAACCCUGAAUGGGAUUCUGCAAGGAUUCAGAGUUAUCUACUGGGCCAAUCUCUUGGAUGGAGAGCUAGGAGAAAUAAAGAAUGUCACUACUACACAGCCAUCACUAGAGCUUGAUGGCCUGGAAAAAUACACCAACUACAGCAUUCAGGUGUUGGCUUUUACACGAGCUGGAGAUGGAGUGAGAAGUGAACAAAUUUUCACCCGCACUAAAGAAGAUGUUCCAGGUCCUCCUGCUGGUGUUAAAGCAGCUGCAGCUUCGGCCUCCACCGUCUUUGUCUCCUGGCUCCCUCCUCUCAAGCUGAAUGGGAUAAUUCGGAAAUACACUGUCUUCUGCUCACAUCCCUACCCCACAGUAAUCAGCGAGUUUGAAGCCUCUCCCGACUCAUUUUCCUACAGAAUCCCCAACCUGAGCCGGAAUCGCCAGUAUAGUGUCUGGGUGGUAGCAGUGACUGCUGCGGGAAGAGGCAACAGCAGCGAGAUUAUCACUGUGGAACCUCUAGCUAAAGCUCCUGCCAGGAUUUUGACAUUCAGUGGCACAGUGACAACUCCCUGGAUGAAGGACAUUGUCCUCCCUUGCAAAGCCGUGGGAGACCCAACUCCGACAGUCAAAUGGAUGAAGGAUAGUAACGGGACACCCAGUCUAGUGAUGAUUGAUGGGCGAAGAAGCAUCUUUAGCAAUGGCAGCUUUGUCAUCCGUACUGUGAAAGCAGAAGACUCUGGAUACUACAGCUGUGUGGCCAGUAACAACUGGGGAUCAGAUGAAAUAAUUUUAAAUUUGCAAGUACAAGUUCCACCAGACCAACCAAGACUCACUGUAUCCAAAACUACAUCUUCCUCUAUCACUCUUUCUUGGAUACCUGGAGACAAUGGUGGCAGUUCUAUCCGAGGUUAUAUUUUGCAGUACUCUGAAGAUAAUAGUGAGCAGUGGGGUAGUUUUCCAAUUAGCCCUAGUGAGAGAUCCUACCGUUUAGAAACAUUGAAGUGUGGCACUUGGUACAAGUUUACUUUAACUGCUCAGAACGGAGUGGGGCCAGGGCGCAUCAGUGAGAUCAUUGAGGCCAAAACGCUUGGAAAAGAGCCACAGUUUUCAAAGGAACAAGAGCUCUUUGCUAGUAUCAACACCACGAGAGUAAGACUGAACCUGAUCGGCUGGAAUGAUGGUGGUUGCCCCAUCACUUCCUUCACCCUGGAGUACCGGCCAUUUGGGACAACAGUCUGGACCACCGCGCAACGGACAUCCCUGUCAAAGUCCUACAUACUAUAUGACCUCCAGGAGGCAACCUGGUAUGAAUUGCAGAUGAGAGUGUGCAACAGUGCUGGCUGUGCAGAGAAACAAGCCAAAUUUGCAACGCUCAAUUAUGAUGGCAGUACAAUCCCUCCACUCAUUAAGUCAGUUGUGCAAAGUGAGGAAGGGCUGGCAACCAACGAAGGGCUAAAGAUGCUGGUCACCAUUUCCUGUAUCUUGGUUGGGGUCUUGCUGCUUUUUGUGAUGCUGCUCAUCGUGCGGAGGAGGAGGAGGGAGCAGAGGCUGAAGAGGCUGAGAGAUUUCCCAUCAGUUAUUAAUUUCAAGGUUUUUAUCUUGUACCUUUGCAAUCUUCUUGUAACAGUCACAUCAGCAUCAGAUGAAGAGACAGAUGCUGAAUUAGUGAUUUUCUGCUCUUCUGGAGGUUACUUUGUUCUAAAAGUCUUACUGACAAUGAGUAUUGCUGUUCCAAAGAACCCCUUA